UAUAUUAUCAUAUUAGCACAGGCCUUCCAUUUUAGUCGUUGUUACUCCAACUGCCUCAUUACAAGAAUUUAUUUUUUGAAGAAAAUAUUUGCAAGAAAAUCAAAACCAGUUACGAACUCAUGUUUCAACUUUGUUAGAGCAUAUGUUUGUCUUCCGUUAUGUUGAGUUCGGAGAAGAAUUUUUUUCUGCGUGCAUAUCAACUGUUUGACAAAUUGCCUGAUAGGAAUUCACUUUACAUUCUGAAUUAAUAAUUCAGAUUGGUUUCUUCUAGUCGUCGUCUCCACGUUACGGCCAAGUGUCAUAAUGGAAAAUGGGAAAAAAGAUGAGCUUAAGAAUUUUCUUGAAGUCCUUCCCUCGGUAGAGUUUUGUUGUGUCUAUGGCUCAGCUCUCCAUCCUAAUAAUCAAGACAAGUCAUCUAUGGUAGAUUUUAUUCUUGGCGUAUCAGAUCCCCGACAAUGGCAUUCUGAGAAUCUGAAGUUGAAUCGAGAUCACUAUGCCUCUUGGAUGGUGCACCUUGGUGGGGCAAAACUGAUAACUGAAGUUGCAGAUGAGAUUGGUGUUGGAGUGCACUUCAAUCCUUUUAUAACAUGGAAUGACAAGAUGCUCAAAUAUGGAGUUGUUAGAAUGCAUGAUUUGGUUCAGGACAUUCUGAAUUGGGAGAGGUUCUACUUGAGCGGUCGUCUACAAAAACCAGUUCAUAUACUUGUGGAUAAUUUGGAUAUCGGGAAUGUAAACUCCGCCAAUUUAAGGGCUGCACUCUCUGCUGCUCUCCUCCUUUUGCCAUCGAAAUUCACCGAGGAAGAUUUGUAUUCUAAAAUUUGUAGUCUCUCAUAUAUGGGUGACUUGCGCAUGCUUUUUGCAGAAGACAAAAAUAAGGUAAAGAAGAUUGUACAAGGGCAAUUUGGUUUAUUCCAUUCAAUGUAUAGACCAAUUCUUCAAGACUAUGAGGCAAAAGAGUUACUGAGGUUCUCAUCAAGUGAUUACCAGUCAAAUAUCUCUCAGGAUUGUGGUUUGUCAGUGACUCGUUCUCUUGUGCGAGCUCUUCCGCCCCUAGUCAGAAGCAAAAUGGGGAUGAAGCUAGGAGAGGAAAAAUUAUGGAGUGAUUCUGGGCGAUUUUUACAUGAAGUCAUCAUUGGUUCCAGAGAAGAGGCUGCUAAAUGCAUGCACAAGGUUCUAAGGCGUACUGUCAUGAUCUCCAGUGCAAGGCAGGCUAUCUCUGGUCUCCUGGCUGCGGGAGGUAUUAAUGCCACUAGAUAUCUUGCUAGUAAAGUGUGCAAGGCUUGGAAAUCAUGAACAUGAUUUCUCCAAUUUACAUUUCUUUUUCUAUUCUUGAAAUACCUGGAAACUAGUUCGGCUGGACUAAUAUUAGUUAUUUGAUAGAAAGAAUCUAGAAAGUAGUGGAUGUUUUGUAGUUGCUCUAAGAGCUAGUUUUGUAUUACCAAUCCUUCUUCAUGCAUUAUAGAGUAGCAUUUGACUUA